GACAAAGAAAACAAUGAAACAUGGGCAAUGGUUGUCACAAGAAGAAAAAAGAAUGGAAUGGAUUUAAGGAGUGGAGGAAAUGGAGAGCGACAAACAAGUCAAGAGACUGUCUGGAGCAGGGGCACUUUGCGCGGGACUGUCAAGCCCUGCGGUGCCAAAGCUGUGAAAAGACUUGGACGAGGUGCACAUGUGAAUCUGAAGAGGAGGGUAAUGUAGAAAUGGAGAUGGAGGUGCAGGAGCACAUGGAGGAGUCAAGCGACGACAGAAAGGAAGACGAAAUACAGGAAAUGAAUGGAACAACAGAGGAUCUACAUAAACAAGAAAAGGAGGUACGUACGGGGAGAGAGGACAAUGGAGAUAAAGAAACUGGAGUAUAUACAACAGAGACUGAGACACAGCAAACUACGGACAAUAAUGGACAAAUCAAAGAGAAGGAAUGUGCAACAGCAAGUGAAACAGCAGACAGCAGGCAUAAAGAGGAGGUAAGCGAUGAGGAAGCUGAUGAAACAAACUUUGAGUUUGAAAGUAGAACACUGGACAGUAUGAAUAGAAGACGUAAAAUGAAAAAAGUUGCGCAAAUAAACAUUGAACAAGUAUUAAAGAAACAAAAAUUAAGAAGAGAAGCAAAAGCAAGGUUAAAAGAUGAUAGAAUAGAUCUAAAACUUUAGAUCUCAAGAGAGACCUUACAUGGAUUAUGGGUUGUUUUGGUUUGUGUUUUUCUUUUCUUUUAUUAUGAGUAAUUUAUUUUGGUCUCGAUAAAUGUUAGAGGGUUGUCAUCUAAAUUCAAGUUUGAAAAUGUAAUUAAUUUAACAAAAUCCAGUGAUAUUUUAUGUAUACAAGAGACUGGAUGGAAUGAAACAAUAAUUGAUGAUUUUAAAAAAUGUUGGGAUGGAGAAAUAUGGUACAGUAAUGAUUUAAAUAAGAAAAAAGGCUUGGCGAUACUAAUUAGAAGGGGAGUAGUAGAAUCGACGAAUGUUUUAUUUAAAGACAACAAUGGAAGAAUUUUAACUGUUAAAAUUAUGGUAAGGGGAGAAGAAAUAACAAUAUGUAACAUACAUGCUCCAAAUGAAGAUAUGGAAAGAGUUACUUUUUUUAAAGAGUUGAGCGUUUUAAUUAAUGGAUGGAAGAAUGUCAUUGUUACAGGAGAUUUUAAUACUGUUUUAGAAAGAAUAGAUGUUGAAGAUUUUAUGGUGUAUAGAGCUGAUGUUGGAAGAAAAGAAUUGAAAUGUAUGAUGGAUAAACAUAAAUUUGUAGAUGUAUGGAGAGAUAGAAACAGAGUUAAAAGAGAAUAUUCAAGAAGACAGUGGGUGAAUACAAUUUUAAAACAAAGCAGAAUAGAUUUCAUUUUAUGUGACAGAAGAUUUGAGCAUUUUAUUUCAAAAAUUUUCUAUAAAAUGUAUAGCGGGAGUGAUCAUGAUUUUUUAUAUGUAACGAUGGAUUUCAGUGGAGUUGAGAGAGGACCAGGUGUAUGGGUGGUUAAUACAGAGCUUUUAAAGAACGAAUUUUAUCAAAUGGAAAUGGAAAAUCGAAUUAUUAAUAGUGUAGAUGAUGUUUUAUAUGAUGAAGCAAUAUGUGUCUGGUGGGACAAUAUAAAAU